CAGCUGAGUUCUGGGAAACAGAAACUCAAGUGCAUUUGAGCUGUUGUGUCUCUGUAUUCAUACAGUAAAAUGGCAGAAGCAAGAAUUUCUCAAGCUGAGUUCACGUGUCCAGUUUGUCAGGAUCUCCUGAACGAUCCGGUGGCUAUUCCCUGUGGACACAGUUACUGUAAGAGCUGUAUUACAGGCUGUUGGGAUCAGGAGGAUCAGAAGAGAGUCUACAGCUGCCCUCAGUGCAGACAGACCUUCAAUCCAAGACCCGCUUUAGCUAAAAUCACAGUGCUGGCUGAAGUGGUGGAGAAACUGAGAAAGACCAAGCUCUCUGCUGACUGUUACGCUGGAGCUGGAGAUGUUCAGUGUGACGUCUGUACUGGAAGAAAAUACAAAGCUGUCAAGUCCUGUCUGGUGUGUCUGAACUCUUAUUGUCAGAAUCACCUUGAACAACAUGAGAGUUUGUUUAAAGGAAAGAAACACAAAGUGACUGAUGCCAGUGGACGACUGCAGGAGAUGAUCUGCCAGAAACAUGAGAAGCUUCUUGAGGUUUUCUGUCGCACUGACCAGAAAUGUAUAUGUGUGCUGUGUGCGAUGGAUGAACACAAAAACCAUGGCACCGUAUCAACUGCAGCACAGAUGACAGAGACACAGUAUGAGCUGAGGGAGACUCAGAAGACGCUCCAGCAGAGAAUCCAGCAGAGAGAGGAAGAUCUCCAGCAGCUGAGAGAGACUGUGCAGUCUCAUAAGCGCUCUGCACAGACAGCAGUGGAGGACAGUGAGGAGAUCUUUACUGAGCUCAUCUGCUCCAUUGAGAGAAGCCGCUCUGAGCUGAUACAGCUGAUCAGAGAUCAGGAAAAGCAAGUAGUGAGUCGAGCUGAAGGACGACUGGAGCGACUGGAGCAGGAGAUCAAUGGUCUGAAGAGAAGAGACGCUGAGCUGGAGCAGCUUUCACACACACAGGAUCACAUCCAGUUCCUGCAGAGUUUCCAGUCUCUCUCAGCUCCUCCUGAAUUUAAAGACGUAAAUGAUGAUACUUUCGGUUCUCUCUUCUCUUUUGAUGCUCUGAGGGAAUCUGUUCAUCAGCUGAGAGACUUCUGCAAAGUGGAGCUCCAGAAGAUCUCAGACAGAGUUACUACUACUGCAGCUCCCUCUGUGUGCUACACCCAGUCUCCAGCAUUUCCUCAGAUUUCUCCAAAAAAAAAGGAUCUCAUAACUCCUCCUGCAGCAAAGGUGAAACCUGUAGAGGAACUCAAAGUCUCUGUCCCGGUGGUUGCACCUGCUAAAUUAUUUUCUUUAGGACUGUCUGGAGAUUCUGCUAAGAACACCGGCACUGGUGUCAGCUCGAAGAGCUCUACCAGAUCUCCAAAAACAGUUUCUUCUGGGUUUGGAUUGAACAAUGCUGAAGUGACAUCUGCUGGCUCUGGAGCUCAGGCUGAGAACAAAACUAUUAAAACAAAUGCACCACAAUGCAAGAAAGUGUCAGCAGCUCCAGCAGUCUCAUGUGACACUGUCCCCUCCAGCACUAAAAAUAGUACUGCAACACCACAAGAAGGACUGGAUAAAAAAGAUGGACAGUGGGAUUGUGACACUUUCCUGGAAGGAAAUAAGGCUACAUCUAGCCACAACAUUUUGUGUGAAACGGCAAAACCAAAUAUGGAAAACAAGAUCUUUCCUGCUCCAUCAAGUUUCUCUUUCACCUCCAGUUGUGGUAGUUCUGUCUUCCAACCUGCUGUGACAGCACUUAUAGCCAAUCCAGGCAAUGCUCUUCAGUUCAGUUCAAAAACUGAUAAUGUAUUCUUAGAAGGCUUCAAGAUUGAGUCCUCUACAACUGAGGCUGAAAAGUCUUCAAACAAUUCAAAAUUUUCAUUGCCCAUGCCAGUGCCCCUUGGUGUAUUCAUGUCUGGUACUGCAAAAUCAGAAGCAGAAACAUCCGACAAACAGUCACAAAAUGGAUCUACAUCAGACCUCCUCAAAAAUGUAGCUGAGGUUCACAAAGAAAAAAACAAAGUGGCAGCCCCAAGUUCCUCAGAUCAGUCUGUGGGUCACAAUAAUAGUCCCCUCAAUACUGACGAAGGUUGUGAAAGUGCAGUGAGGAAUCUGAAGGCAAAGCCUUAUGUGGAUGGAGAUAAUGGAGCAUCACAUCAAGGUUUUUCUUUUGGAUUUGCAUCUACAAGUUUGUAUUCAUUUACGGACUUCAAAACAGAGGAAUUAGCAUUUGCCAAAAAAGAUUCAAAUUUUACAUGGUCAAACGUUGGAGCCCAAGUUUUUGGAAGUGAACCUACACAAAAUGAAGAAAAAGAGGAAGGCAAUGAUGAUGAUGAUAAUGAUGAGAUCCACUUUGAGCCGAUCGUGUUUCUGCCUGAGGUGGAGGUGAGGUCCGGUGAGGAGGAUGAAGAGAUCCUGUUCAAAGAAAGAGCCAAAUUGUACCGCUGGGAUCGUGAGUUCAACGAGUGGAAAGAGCGUGGUGUGGGAGACCUCAAGAUCCUCUUCCACCCUGUGAAGAAGUGCUACCGUGUGGUGAUGAGACGCGAGCAGGUGCUAAAAGUCUGUGCCAACCACACCAUCAGCCAGAGCAUCGAGCUCAAGCCCUUGAACACCUCUGCUAAUGCACUAGUGUGGACCGCCACCGACUACUCCGAGGGAGCCGGGAAAGUUGAGCAGCUGGCGGCUAAGUUCAAGACUCCAGAGCUGGCCGAGUCCUUCAAACAAGUGUUCACUGACUGCCAGAGCCACAUGUCGCAGACUGACGCCGCUCAGACAUCUGCCGCUCAGAUGCUUUCACAAAGGUCCAAUCCUGUGGUGUUUUUCAACAUCGCCAUAGACGGUGAGAAUGCUGGGAGAAUCGCCAUAGAGCUCUUCGCUCACAUUGUGCCCAAAACAGCGGAGAACUUUCGGGCUCUGUGUACAGGAGAGAAGGGCUUCGGUUACAACCAGUCUGUCUUCCACAGGAUCAUCCCGGGCUUCAUGUGUCAGGGUGGUGAUAUUACCAACCAGAAUGGGACGGGGGGAAAAUCCAUCUAUGGAAAGAUGUUUGAAGACGAGAACUUCGAGGUGAAGCACACAGGGCUGGGCCUGCUGUCCAUGGCCAAUCGUGGCAGAGAUACCAACAACUCUCAGUUCUUCAUCACCCUUAAGAAAGCAGAGCACUUGGACUUCAAGCAUGUGGUCUUCGGCUUCAUCAAAGAAGGCAUGGAUGUGGUGAGGAGGAUUGGAGGGCUGGGCACUAAAGAUGGGAAACCCAUGAAAACUAUCACCAUCUCAGGCUGUGGACAGAUUAAGUGAAGUUUUAUAUGUAAACUACUGUUCAUUAUGUGUGAGAUUGUUCCCUGAACUCUUGUGUAAAUCAGGACCUGUGUAUGCAAUGGUUUUAUAUCUGUCCUGCUUGUACGUUAAUAAAGUGCACAGCACUAGUCGAUAAUGAAGCUUAUGCUUUGCAAAAAAAGAAGAAGAAAUGGUUACGCUUUAGAUUACAGCCCACAAUUUACAGUGCAAGUAAACAGAAUUUACAGAGGACCUUUUCUGUAAUUAUACUGUACCUAUAGAGUACCUCUGUGUAGAUAUGAGGAAAUAAAAUGUCUGGGGAAUAAAGGGGUUACAACCAUGGAAAAUCCAAAUGAUUUAUUCUGUAUUUUUCUUAAACUAAGGAGUAUCUCUUCUGAUAUUAUGUUGCAUUUAUGACCUAAAUAAACAUCCUAAACAUCA